AUGAGCGCGCUCGACACGUCGGAGUCAAGCAGCUUCAUGGCAUCCGAAGACAACGGGAACCUGGCAGUCCUCCUGCAACGGGAAUUUCUCGUCUUGACGGUUCUCUACGCCGUCGUGGUGUUUGCGGAUAGGCUCAACGGCAGCUGCGGCGGAGCGUUGAGGGGGAUGGGCCGCUAG